AUGUCUUCGGGCUCAGAGAUAUCGCGAACAGAUGGAUUUUUAGGUUCAAAUGACAGAAAUAGAGAGCAAUCCAUGACUCAGACUUUCAAUGGCGAUAAGAAAAAUGAAGCCUCCCAAAGCGAGCAACCGGGGAGGCAGGAAAGGUCUAACAUUAACAACGAGGUACUGAGCUUUAAUGAUAACUAUACGGCAAUUCUGCAAAACCUGGCGAGUGAUAAUUCCCAUUUGUUCUCAAAUACUUUCAGUCAACAAGAUAUGGAUACACCUGGCAUGGCUAUCUAUAAGAAUAACUCUGAAACGGAUAAUACUCGUAACUUAGAACACGGAAAUUCAAAUGAGAAACAAAAUUUAGAUGCGCUUUUGCAUCACUAUCAAACAUUGUUGAGCAAGUCUGUCAAUCCAAACAACUCAACUUUUCAGUUAAAUACAAAUCCGAAUUCAAAUACUGGAACCCCCAGUGCACAUUAUGGAAAUCAUACAAAUGAUAAUGGUGAGACUCACAACAAUAAUAAAAAUGGUACAAACAAAUCAAUCAUAACGGAAUCACCUUGUGACCAUUGCAGGCGAAGGCAAACUAAAUGCGUUAUCGUUCCUAACCUUUCAAAUUGUGUUCAGUGUGAAACAAAGGGUAUCAAAUGUACUUUUUCAGAGCAGCCGCAUAGGGGCUAUAAGCCAAAUGAUAAUGGCAGUAAGCAUGUUAGAACCAAUGACAUUAGUAAUUUGGAGGCACCAUACAAGAAAACUAAGCUGCAAAAUAAUAGUAUCGGAAACGAAAACGUUGUUCAAUACUAUACAGAACUUUUGCAGCAUUUAAAUGAGUCUAUGAGUCAUUCUGCAUCGACAAAUCAUUCAAGAGAUUCGCCAUAUUGCAAACCUGCGGUUAAUUCAAACACAGUCGGUACCAGGCAACCACACGAUCCUCAACAACAGGUACAGCAGUUCUCGUCAUCUCAAUCGCAUGCGCAGUAUCCAAGAUCAUCAUUUUAUGUCGGUGCAACUUCAAUAUAUGAUAUUAAUUUGGUAAACCACAUUAAGUUGGAUCACAUUGAUCAAAUACAAUUGUCACCAUCUGUAUCACUACGAAGAGUUGCUCCAAAUGUGCAGUUCAUAUUAAGAGAUAAUUUUAAUCAGCAACUGUAUAUGAAACAGGAACAAGAGAUUGAUAUGGUUGAAAAACUGAUUUACCCUCAUGGGAAGGUAUUGGUUGAGAUCUUCUUCAAAUUAAUUCAUCCUCACUUCCCAAUUUUGCAUGAACGUGUAUUCUUAGAAAAAUACGCUAGAUCAUACCGAGAGUUAACGGCGCCGUUGUUGGCUUCCGUUUAUUCACUUGCGUUGCAAUGGUGGGAUUUUCAUCCUAAGUUGAUUGGAUUUCCAAAACCAGACGUUGCAUCUCAGCUCAAUGAAAUUGCAUUUAGAACAUUUUUUGACAUGAUUGAAAGACCUAAACUAAGUAUGGUUCAAACAGGCUUGCUUCUUUUACAGUGCAGAAGUGAAUGCUCAAAUAAUUGGGUUUUAAAUUCGGCUGUUGUCGCGCUUUCAGAAGAGUUAGGCUUAGGGGUUGAUUGUCAAGAUUGGAAGCUACCUAGGUGGGAAAGAGGGCUGCGUAGGAGGCUGGCAUGGGCCGUCUGGUGUCAAGAUAAGUGGGUAGCCCUACUGGAGUCUCGUCCUUCUCACCUGAUAUUUGGCAGAAAUUGGAUGGUUAGGAUGCUCUCAGAGGAAGAUUUUCCCAGCAUUUCACCUUCAAUUAGCGAAAGUCAUGAAGCAUCUAGGCCGAACUCUAGUAUGGAAAAUCCGUUAAGUAGUGGUGCCUUAUUUGACAUGUUUCCAGGUAAUGAGGAUUUUGUUGAUGGUACAUUAAUGUUUCAACAAGUGGUAUCUCUUAGUGUGAUUUUGGGUGAAAUCAUGGACACAUUUUAUACAGAAGGAGGUAUGCAGGUGACCUCAAAAAUCGAGCAGGUAUUGAAACUUGCUAAACCUUUACAAUUGAAGUUACGCGAGUGGUAUCAUUCAUUGCCUUCAAAAUUGUCUAUGAACAGAUUUGUUCCUAGGAAAUUUAACCCUAAUGCAACUUUAACAUUGGCGUACUUUGCUGCUGAAAUCACGUUGCACAGAAAAAUCAUAACAACUUUGAAACAAGAUACACCCAAGGAACUUGUGCAGGUUUGUCGAACUGCCGCCAAGACUAGAUUGGUAGCAGCUAUUGAAUUUGUUCGUGACCUAAAAAAUGAACAUAUAAACGCUUUUUGGUACACUUGCUCUACUGGAAAUCUAAUGUUGAUCGGAACAUUUGCAGCUCUGCUGUAUGUUACUUCCAAAACGACAGAUGAAGCAGUGGGAUUUAGAGAUUGUCUUCGUAACUACAUUUGGAUAUUGAAAGUCGGGGCAAAGUCCUUUGAUAAGGCUUCAAAUGCCUUAAACAGAAUUCAUAUUCUUCUCACCCAGAUUCCAGGUUUGUUGACAGAUGAACAACCAAGAGAGUUUAUGCCAAAUAGAUCACAAUCCCCAGCAUAUAAUUCGCAACAAUGGAAAUCUUCUUCUUCUGUAGAUUUGCAGCAAUCACCUCCUAAUCUGAGCCAAUUGAGAAACCUGCCAGCUGAGCUUUUACAGACUUUGACAAACAUACAAGCCCUCUCGCCGCAUGCAAUGGCUAAUAAGAAUUCGCAAUCCACAUCAUCGCCCGGGUAUAGCAACCCACAGCGGUCUGAUACUAAUAGACAUCACUUCAGUUAUAAUAAGGCUGAAAAAUCCAACAAAAAUAUUGAAAGUAGCAGCCCUAGCGUUGGGAAUCUUUCUCCAGAGAAUAUGCACGCAGUGUCUAAAAGAGACCCAAGUACUACGUCAAACUCUGUACCAGAUCGAAUGGACACUACCCACAGUUCCCAAAAUAGUCCCGCAAUAAUAGAUAAAAAUCCUCAAGCUCAAACUCAAGAUCGCGAAACACCUUCUGUGGUUGGUAAUGUCAAGGGUAAACCAAUAACACCACAAAGCGUCAAUGGUGCGAAUGUGAUGAAGGCAUCUCCUCCUUUGGCUAUUCAUGAGAAUAAUCGUGAGCCCACAUCAAAUCAGGGUUCGACUAUAUCACCAGAUUCUGCUCAAGAUAAAGAUGAAUCAAAUACUAGCGAUAGAGAAGAGUGUCUUUCUGCUUUAGGUUCUGGCUCGCUUUCAUCAAAUAAUUCAAAGGAAUCAAAGAUGGAAUCCUGA